AUAUUCAACGCAGUUAAUCGUGUCGUGCGGAACUGGGAAAACGCUCCUCUGUCACUUCCGGUUCGUCCUCAUCGUAAAAAGAAAUGGCGGACAUGGACGAACUGUUCGGGAGUGAUGGGGACAGUGACAACGAACAAAGAGUGGUCUCAGCAGUGGCGUCUGGCUCUGGUUCAGGUUCUGAAUCUGAGCCGGAGAUGCCCCGGUCCCGUUCCCAUAGUAACGCCUCCGGCAGCGAUGAUGAUGGACAAGAUGGGGGAAAGCCCAACACCAAGGAGCUGUUUGGGGAUGACAGUGAAGAGGAACGCCAGAGCCGACACAGCGACAACCAAUCAAACCUGUCGGAACGCUCAGGAAACCAGUCAGACGCCAGCAUGCACUCGGAGCCCGAGGACAAUGACCAGUCAGACGCGGAGCAGCACAGUGGGUCGGAGAGAGGGCACCGGGAGGAAGAGGAGGAAGAUGGAGAUGGAAGGUCAGAGGCAGGCAGUCCAGUAUCGGGGGUGGGAAGCCCCAGGUCUGGGAGGGGCAGUGCUCGCUCUGAGAAGAGUAUCCAUAGCGACCCGGGGCACCCCCACUCGGCUCCCGGCACCCCCACUCCGCGCCCGGCACCCCCACUCGCGCCCGGCACCCCUCACCCCCCCCCCCUCAGCGCCCGGCACCCCCUGUCAGACCCCGGCACCCCCUGUCAGACCCCGGCACCCCCUGUCAGACCCCGGCACCCCCACUCAGGGCCCGGCACCCCCCACUCAGGGCCUGGAACUCCCCACUCAGAUGGGGAGGGGUCAGGCAAGGAGAACCAAUCAGAUGAUGAAAAGUGGGGAGGAGGGGCUAAGAGUGACCAAUCAGAGGAUGAGGAAGAGGAGAAGAAGCAGCACCAAUCGGAUGAAGAGCGAGAGAAUUCUGAUGAGGACGGGGCGGGGCACAGGAGCAGGAAGAAGUCAGAGUCUGCGAAGGGCAGUGACAGCGAGGAUGACUUCGUCGGACGGAAGAACAAGAAAAUGGCGUCUGCCUCGGACUCUGACAGCGAUGUUGGCGCCAAGAAGGAGAUGGCGGCGGCGUCUGGCUCAGACUCUGACAGCGAUGUUGGAGCCAAGAAGAAGAUGGCUGUGUCUGGCUCAGACUCUGACAGCGACGUUGGAGCCAAGAAGAAGAUGGCUGUGUCUGGCUCAGACUCUGACAGCGACGUUGGAGCCAAGAAGAAGAUGGCUGUGUCUGGCUCAGACUCUGACAGCGAUGUUGGAGCCAAGAAGAAGGGUAAAGGUAAGAAGCCAGCAGCAGACGACCUGUUUGGAGAGGCAGACGACAUCUCAUCAGACAGUGAUGCUGAGAAACCUCCCACUCCAGGACAACCCCUGGACCAAGAGGAUGGUAUGGAAGAGCAGGCUGAGGAGGAGCCCGUCCCAGAGACUCGUAUCGAGGUGGAGAUUCCUAAAGUCAGCACUGAUCUAGGAUCAGACCUCUACUUCGUCAAACUACCCAACUUCUCUGUUGAGCCCAGACCCUUUGACUCCCAGUACUAUGAAGAUGAGUUUGAGGAUGAGGAGAUGUUGGAUGAAGAGGGACGGACCAGGCUCAAACUGAAGGUUGAGAAUACUAUCCGGUGGAGAGCCAAGAAAGACGAGGAGGGGAACGAGAGCAGAGAGAGUAACGCCCGCAUCGUCAAGUGGUCUGACGGCAGCAUGUCUCUCCACCUGGGUAACGAGGUGUUUGAUGUGUAUAAAGCUCCUCUCCAAGGAGACCACAACCACCUGUUCAUCAGACAAGGAACUGGACUACAGGGACAGGCUGUGUUCAAGACCAAACUCACCUUCAGACCCCACUCCACAGACAGUGCCACCCACAGGAAGAUGACCCUCUCUCUGGCUGACCGCUGCUCUAAGACCCAGAAGAUCAGAAUACUGCCCAUGGCUGGACGAGACCCCGAGUCUCAACGCAACGAGAUGAUCAAGAAAGAGGAGGAGCGUCUGCGUGCGUCUAUCCGUCGAGGACAACAGCGGCGGAUGAGAGAGAAGCAGCACCAACGAGGGCUGAGCGCCGGUUACCUGGAGCCCGAUCGCUAUGACGACGAUGAGGAGGGCGACGAGUCGGUCAGCCUGGCUGCCAUCAAGAGCAAAUACAAGGGAGGAGGAGGGGCUGGAGGGCUGAGGGAGGAGCGUGCUCGGAUCUACUCGUCUGACAGUGAUGAGGGUUCUGAUGAUGAUAAAGCCCAGAGACUGCUCAAGGCCAAGAAACUAGACUCUGACGAGGAAGGGGAGAGUUCAGGGAAGAGGAAGGCUGAGGAGGAUGAGGAGGAGGAGGUGGAACCCAAGAAGGCAAAGAAAUACGUCAUCAGCGACGAAGAGGAGGAGGAAGAUGAUGAAUGAUGUCAUGUUGUUGUUGAUCAUACCACUGUAAUAUCAGUGUGUUGUUAUAUCCAGUGGGUUGCGAUGUAGACCUAAACGUUUCAUUUAUAGUUUGUAUAUUUUCUAAUGAUGACUGUGUGUGUGAGAGAGAGAGAGCUCUGUACAGCUGUAGAAAUAAAGACAAGAUGAACUAAGUGUUUAUCUCAAUGACCAAA